AUGGCGACAAACAUCACGAAGUCGCUGAAAAUAUGCAUUAUUGGGGCCGGUAUGGGAGGCCUGGCAUCUGCAUUGGCGUUAGCAAAGGAGGGAUUUGAGGACAUUCAUGUCUUCGAGAGAGCAUCAGACCUUGGCUUCGUCGGUGCUGGGAUCCAACUUGCGCCUAACAUGGCGCGGAUCCUCGAUCGAUUGGGAGUCUGGGAGUCAAUCGCGAAAGAUGCUGUGCGGUGUAGUGAGACGAGUAUACGAGAGCUCGGCUACGUGUACGAGGAGUACGGGUACCCGCAUAUGGUCGGCCAUCGAUCCUCGCUAGCCGCCGGUCUUAAAGCUGGAUGCCAGGCGGAGAAGGGCAUUCAAUUCCACUUCUCAACGUCCCUGGUGAAAGUCAACUCGUGGUCACCAAAUGUAUCAUUUACAGCACUUCCAAGUGGCGGCGAGCCCUACAACGUUGAGUGCGAUAUUCUGCUAGCAUGCGAUGGCGUCAAGUCCGCCACGCGGAGGGAUAUGCUGCAGGCCCUGAACAUUAAUGCCACCAUCAUCGACACUGAUCAGGCCGCUUAUCGCAUCAUGAUCAACCGCGACCAGCUCCUCGACGAUCCGGAACUCUUAGAGCUUAUCGACAGCGAACGUGUUGUCCGGUGGAUUGGCGAGAAGCGCCAAGUGAUCGCUUAUCCCAUCGCUAACAACACUAUUUACAAUAUCGCCACGACGCAACCGGACGUUCACUUUGCGGCCGCGCCGAGCGAGACAUACACAACCAAGGGCGAUAAGGGAGCCAUGCUGGGGGUGUUUGCGGAUUUCUGUCCGAAGAUCCAGCGCAUGUUGAAUCUGGUGCCGGAUGGGGAGGUCUGUGAGUGGAAGUUGCGGGUGCACGCGCCGCUGCCAACUUGGAUCAAUGGGUCUGUCGCUCUGGUAGGUGAUGCAUGUCAUCCUACGCUUCCUCAUCUCGCCCAGGGUGCAGCACAAGCCAUCGAGGAUGCUGCCGUGCUUGGGAAACUGCUCGGAAAGCUCCCCGAUGCCUCGCCUGCGGCAAUCAACAAGACUUUAAGGGUCUACGAAAUGAUCAGGAAGGAGAGAGCGGAGACGCUAGUGGAGCUCGCGGCGGCGAAUUCGAGGGUACUCUUUGGGAAUGGUGCCAUUAAGGAGGAGCGCGAUAGGCAGUUCAGAGAGGCGAGGGAGAACGGUGGGAAGGGGGUACGAUCGCCGGAUAAAUGGAUGGAUAAAGACGUUCAAAGGAUGACUUACAUGGUCGAUGUUGUGAAAAUUGCGGAGGAGCAAUUCGAGGAUUUGUUCGAGAGCAUAUCCGCUGCCCCCCCGAUGAUUAGAGCCUCGCUGUAA